CGCUGCGUCGACGUGCUGACGCCAGGACGCUCCGGCCGGUGUGUGUCGGGGGGUAUGUGUGUGAGUGCGCGUUCCGAGUGUGUUUGUAUUUGUGUAUCGGCGGUCCCGCAGGUCCCGGAUGUUGCGGACAGCAUGAGGCGAGCGCAGGGGGACGGAGACCAGCAGCUGUCGCCGCCGCUCUCAGAGGUUUCCUGUUAGAGACGACAAAUUGGAGUUUUCCUACUGACUUGAUUUGGGUGAAGAGAGAACUGUCAUCUUUGCCUCCUGACUUUGGAAAUUUUGGUUAACCUUCAAACUGGCGAUGUCAAGAGUUCCAAGUCCUCCACCUCCGGCAGAAAUGUCGAGUGGCCCUGUAGCUGAGAGCUGGUGCUACACACAGAUCAAAGUAGUGAAAUUCUCCUACAUGUGGACCAUCAAUAACUUUAGCUUUUGCCGCGAGGAAAUGGGUGAAGUCAUUAAAAGUUCAACCUUUUCAUCAGGAGCCAAUGAUAAACUGAAAUGGUGUUUGCGAGUAAACCCAAAAGGGCUGGAUGAAGAAAGCAAAGAUUACCUGUCACUUUACCUUUUACUGGUCAGCUGUCCAAAGAGUGAAGUUCGGGCAAAAUUCAAGUUCUCCAUCCUGAAUGCCAAGGGAGAAGAAACCAAAGCUAUGGAGAGUCAACGAGCAUAUAGGUUUGUGCAAGGCAAAGACUGGGGAUUCAAAAAAUUCAUCCGUAGAGAUUUUCUCCUGGAUGAAGCCAACGGGCUUCUCCCUGAUGACAAGCUUACCCUCUUCUGUGAGGUGAGUGUGGUACAGGAUUCUGUCAACAUUUCCGGCCAGAAUACCAUGAAUAUGGUAAAGGUUCCCGAGUGCCGAUUGGCAGAUGAGUUAGGAGGACUGUGGGAGAAUUCCCGGUUCACAGACUGCUGCUUGUGUGUUGCUGGCCAGGAAUUCCAAGCUCACAAAGCUAUCUUAGCAGCUCGUUCACCGGUUUUUAGUGCCAUGUUUGAACAUGAAAUGGAGGAGAGCAAAAAGAAUCGAGUUGAAAUCAAUGAUGUGGAGCCUGAAGUUUUUAAGGAGAUGAUGUGCUUCAUUUACACGGGGAAGGCACCAAACCUCGACAAAAUGGCUGAUGAUCUGCUGGCAGCUGCUGACAAGUACGCCCUGGAGCGCUUAAAGGUCAUGUGUGAGGAUGCCCUCUGCAGCAACCUCUCGGUGGAGAACGCCGCAGAAAUCCUCAUCCUGGCUGACCUCCACAGCGCAGACCAGCUGAAGACCCAGGCAGUGGAUUUCAUCAACUAUCAUGCUUCCGACGUCUUGGAGACCUCCGGGUGGAAGUCCAUGGUGGUGUCACAUCCCCAUUUGGUGGCUGAGGCGUACCGCUCCCUGGCCUCAGCGCAGUGCCCUUUCCUGGGACCCCCACGCAAACGCCUGAAGCAGUCCUAAGAGCCUGCCGGUUGUGAGACUCCGUUUAUUUCCAGAAGCAGCGGCCCUGUUGCUGCCACUGACCACCAGGUAGACAGCGCAAUCUGUGGAGCUUGUACUCUGUUGUGGGGGGAAGACCGCAUCGCGGCCGCAGACUUUGCAACAGCACUAACUAACUUGGGGAACCGGGGGGAGGGAAGGGCCCGCGACGCGGGGCUGUUCAACCUAACGAAAACCCUGUUGCUGCGUCACUGUGUUCCCUUUGGCCCGGCCAAGCUGGACACUGUGGGGAUCCAGGCUGGGCGCUGGCCCCGAGGACAUCCCAGCGGCGGUUCUCGGGAGAAACCUGCCUGCAUCUGAGCGAGCAGAGCAGAAUCGUCAGGUGCCUGGAGCAAACCGAAAAAAACACGGACGUUGAGUUUUUAAGAGGAGGGAAAAGGAAAGAAGAAAGGAUUUUUGCAGAAUUUUUCAGAAACUAGUUUGGGGAUUCCAGUAGUAUUUAUGUUGAGGGAAGCAAAUUUUAGUCCUUCCAACUAACUGUGCUCAAACUUGGAUGUUUGUGAAAACUCACCGCCGUGCAAGUACCAGAAGAGCUCUCCUGUGUUAGCACUUAGUGUUUGCAAGAACAGAACACGGCCUUUUGUCCUUUGGUGAGAAAUGACACGUGAAGGCGAGAGGAGGAGGAGGAGGUUUUCUGACCCGGAAGAUGAGCGUCCUGAUGUGGUGGAUUUUGCAAAAAUCUUCAUCGGUGUUGAAAACUGGAAAAAAUCAUCCAUCCAGAAUUCAUACUGUCUUGACAAGAACCACGGUUCUCUGUUUUUAGAUAUUGUGGAAAAUGUUUUUUGGCAUUUUUCUCUGGUUUUAUUUCUCUUCCCUCCCCCCUUCUUUUUUCUAAAAAAAAAAAAAAUUAAAAAAAAUUAAAACCCAAAAACACAGAAGGCAAAAACAGAACAAAAAGAAGAGAAAAGGAAAUGUUACCAGUAAUGCUCUGUGGAAGACUCCCAGCCCUGAUUGCUCAGCCAUGUACCUGACUUGCCGCCUGCAUAGGAGCCAUCCCGUUCCCUUCUGAUUAGCCCUCUUCUUACAGGGGGAAACUUCCAAAUGUUAAUUUUUUCUUUUUGAAAAUAUAAAUAAUUACUAUUUUGU